AUGAAGAAUACGUGUUCCUGGUUAAUAUAUUCCUGUUUAUUUUUCGCAUCUGGAAUUUUGUGUGACAGAAAACUCGAAAGACGACAAGCUGUAUCAUCUUGCUCAGUAAAUACUGAGGAUAAGUUUUAUUGUUCAAACGGACUGUGUAUUGAAUGGUCGUGGAUUUGUGAUGGUCGUAAGGAUUGUUCAGAUGGUUCGGACGAGACCAAAGAGUUGUGUGCUCGAUAUGAGUAUGGACCAAAUAUGACCAAAAAUUGCGGUAGAGUGUAUUCCAAUCGCCAAUCUCAAUAUAUCCGAAAUGAUACGUUUGAAAUUGUUGAAACGGCACCUUGGAACGUUUUAAUAAGUCGAAGACCUAAAGAACAAUUCAUCCAUCGCUUGUCUUGUGGAGGGUCAAUUAUCGCUCCAAAUAUAGUAAUUUCUGGAGCUGAAUGUUUUUGGGAAUAUGUCAUGUUUUCUAAUAAAUUAUUAGUUCAGAGUAGUCAAAUUUUUGUUACUGCUCUUGUCGAUAACAAUAAACAAAUAAUGAAUGUGGAAAUAAUUUACGUAAACGAUAAUUAUAAUGGAAGACAUGGGUUAUAUGCUGAUGAUAUUGGUAUUAUUGUAUUAAGGGAAAAAAUGUCGUUUAGUAAUGAUUUUUUACCUGUUUGUAUCGACUGGAAUAGUAUAUAUAAAGUAGAGAAUGGAGAUGCAGGAAUGGUUAGUUUAUGGGACCAGAAGAAUGACUCAAAAAUUCCUUUUUUAUCAGAGAGAUCGGUUCAAUACAUUGACCCUGGUACUUGUCGAAGUAUAAAACCAGAAGAAUUUUAUCAAUAUGUGACUGUUGAUAAGUUUUGUUCCAAUUUUACACAGGAAACAAAUAUAUGGGCUCAAGAUCGUGGAGCAGGCAUAUCCUUUUUACACUUUAAUUCAUAUUAUUUAACCGGGAUACUUAGUUUCAAUAGUUAUGAUUUAAGCAAUACAAGCAAACCAGUCUUAGGUUUUACAGAUAUUAAAUACCAUGUUCAAUGGAUUCGUGGAGUUUUAAAUAAACAUUUCACAGGGAGUUCGUGCGUUUUACCGGCCGUCGAAGGAGUUGUAUAUUCUUAUGAAGGUUCUAAUGAUAUUUUGUCUCACGGGACAUUAAUUAAUAAUAAACUUACUGUUAUUGAGAAUUGUGAAGUUGGAUAUCAUAAGGCUUAUACAUAUAGCUUCAGGUAUUGUCUGGGAAGAGGAAAAUGGUUAUCCAAUUUUGAGAAAUUGUGUUUCAAAAUGUGUCCACCUCUAGAAUCAGAUAGUUUAGAUAUUAAAUGUAGUCAUAAAUGUAAGUAUGCUAAUUGUUCGAAUUUAUCGAAACCCGAUACAAUAGCAAUACCAUCAUGUAAACCAACAUAUAUUGCACCAAAUGGACAAGAUGCGGCUUCACUUGAAUUACAUUGUCAGUCGGACGGAACGUGGAAUAAACAACUAUAUAGUUGCAAUCCAUAUUGCGGUAGAGUACAUAUCCAAAACCAAGUAUUGAUCAAAAACGGCGAGAAAGCACUUGUUGGAACAGCACCUUGGAAUGUUGGAAUAUAUCAAUUAACACAAAAAAAUUAUAAUUAUGACCUGAUUUGUGGAGGAUCAAUUAUUGCACCAAAUUUAGUCAUUACUGCGGCUCAUUGUUUUUGGCAAAAAGGUAUGUUAUCCAAUAACAUAUCGAUAAACGAUGGUCUAUACAAAACGGCUGUUGGAAAAUAUGAUAGAAAUUUUACAAUUAUUGACAAUGAUUUUACUCAAAUAAUGAAUGUGGAAAUUAUUUACCUGAAAGAAGGUUAUAAUGGACCUACUGGCUUUCAUGCUGAAGAUAUAGCUAUUAUUGUGUUACAAAACAGAGUUUCUUUUAAUAAUGAUGUUGCACCUGUGUGUAUCGAUUGGAAUGGUAAAUACAAUGUAGUCAAUGGAGAUCAAGGAAAGAUAGUUGGUUGGGGAAAGACGGAAACGGGCAUUUCAAGUCCUAUUUUAUUAGAAGCAUCUUUACCAUACAUCGACCAUAGUUCUUGUCGGAAUAUAUGUGCGAAUGGAUUUGAAGCAUAUAUUUUGACUGAUGAUAAAUUUUGUGCAUUGGUUUCAGGACAAGGAGUGGUUAAGGAAGAUAGCGGUGCAGGCUUAAACUUUCUACACUCUAAUUCUUAUUAUUUAACCGGAGUAGCGAGUAUGAAUGAUCCAAACACAAAUAGUUCAAUCGCAGCUUUUACAGAAAUUAUGUACCACAUUCAAUGGAUUCGUGGUCUGUAUAACAAAUAUAACUAUAUCUGA